GCAUCUCCUUUCGUGCCGUCAGUAGCAAACUUGGGAAACUGUAAUUGUCCCUGUGGGAAGAUCUGGCCAGGGCUCUCAGUGUCUACCUGGGAGCCUUUACUUCCUCACUGCAAAGCCUCGCUCUGCCUCUGACCAGCAAUGCAGAAAGGUCAUUCCAAGAAGUAGCCUCAUCUCUGCCUUGACCUCGAUGCUGAGAGAGGAGAUCUGACCUUAGAGCUGAGUCGGCCAUGGACCUCUGGAGGGUUCAGCCUUGACGUAAUGCCGAAGACACAACAAGGGGUGGAGACUUCUUCAGGCCUGGGCGGAGCAGAGUAGGUGAUAUCUUGUCCAGAGAAGAGAGCCUGACACUCCACCAGCCUCUCCCACCAACCCAUCCCCAUGGACCGCACCGUGGUGCUCAUCACCGGCUGCUCCUCGGGCAUCGGCCUGCACCUGGCCGUGCGUCUGGCGUCAGACCCAUCGCGGAGCUUCAAAGUGUACGCCACUUUCCGGGACCUGAGCACGCAGGGCCCGCUGUGGCAGGCAGCUGAGUCCCAAGGGUGUCCUCCUGGCUCCCUGGAGACACUGCAGCUGGAUGUACAGGAUGCAGAUUCUGUGGCUGCAGCCAGGGCACGUGUGACCGAGGGCCGCGUGGACGUGUUGGUGUGCAAUGCUGGCCGGGGCCUGUCCGGGCCACUCGAGGUGCACUCGGCUGACGCCGUGGGCUCCGUGCUGGACGUGAACUUGGUCGGGACGGUGCGGGUGCUUCAGGCCUUCCUGCCGGACAUGAAGCGCCGCCACUCAGGACGCAUAUUGGUCACCGGGAGCAUGGGAGGCCUGAUGGGUGAGUGGAAGGGGCCUGGCGGGGUGAGAGGGACGCAGGGGGCUGUCCGCGGUUGCGCGCCCUCCGCCUCUCAGCGGCCUCAUCUCCCCUCCAAAGGGAUCCCCUUCAACGAUGUUUACUGCGCCAGCAAGUUCGCCAUCGAAGGUUUAUGUGAGAGUCUGGCCGUUCAGCUGCUGCCCUUCGGGGUCCAUGUGAGCCUCAUCGAGUGCGGCCCUGUGCGCACCGCCUUCCAGGAGAAGUUCCAGAUGGGCCGUGGCGUGGUGCUGGACAAUGUAGAUGCCCAGACCCGAAACCUCUUCUCCCAGUACCUGCACCACAGCAAGCAGGCCUUCCGCGAGCAGGGGCAGGACCCAGAGGAGGUGGCAGAGGUCUUCCUCACCGCGCUGCGCGACCCGCGGCCCGCCCUGCGCUACUUCAGCUACGAGGGCAUCCUGCCCUUGGUGCGGCUGCGCCUCUCCGACCCCAGCGGCUGCAGCUACGUCGCUGCCAUGCACCGCAUAGGGUUCAGUGACAAGCCCACCCAUGGUCCUGAUGGUGCUGAUGGUGCCGGAACCGAGGCCGGAGCCGGAACCGAGGCCGGAGCCGGAACCGAGGCCGGUGCCGGAACAGAGGCCGGUGCCGGAACAGAGGCCGGAGCCGGAACUGGGGAACCCUGAGCUCAGCGCUCCUCCAGCCGCCCUGCAAUAAAGGCCUGGUCCCCAUGG